AUGAGGGCGUCGCGGGCCCCUCGCUCCGUCGUGCCUCGUCCCCUCACGCACAGUGCAGCGGAGCCAGCGGACGCGGGGCGUGAGCGAGCCAGCUUGGUGCUGCAGCUCCCGCUGGAGCAGUCGGCGGAGCUGUGGGGCUUGCACGAGGAGUCUUGGUCUGCCGAGGAGAAGGGGCUCUGUGCCGUGUUCAGCCCUAGCUUACCUGCUGUGCCAGCAGGGGGUCCUCAGCACUUUUUAUUAUGGAAAUUUUCCACAUGCCAGAGGGUGGCACAGAGUGUUCACCGAGCUGCGUGGGCCCGCCACCCAGACGAGGCCUCAGUUGAGCUCCGCCAGCCCGUUAACGGCCGUGUCUUUAACAGGGAGGAGAAGCAGUACGUGAACCGGUUCUGGAAAGAGAUCCGCGUGGGAGACUUCGUGCGCCUCCGCUGCAAUGAGACCAUCCCCGCAGACAUCCUGCUGCUGUCCUCCAGCGACCCCGAUGGGCUGUGCCACAUCGAGACGGCCAACCUGGACGGGGAGACCAACCUGAAGCGGCGCCAGGUGGUCCGAGGCUUCUCUGAGCUCGUCUCGGAAUUCAAUCCUUUGACGUUCACCAGCAUAAUCGAGUGUGAGAAGCCCAACAACGACCUGAGUAGGUUCCGUGGGUGCAUCAUACAUGACAAUGGCAAAAAGGCUGGACUCUACAAAGAAAAUCUGCUGCUUCGAGGCUGCACCCUCCGAAACACGGAAGCCGUCGUCGGUAUUGUCAUCUAUGCAGGACACGAGACCAAGGCUCUGCUGAACAACAGUGGCCCCCGCUACAAGCGCAGCCAGCUGGAGAGGCAGAUGAACUGCGACGUGCUCUGGUGUGUCCUCCUCCUCAUCUGCAUGUCUCUGUCCUCAGCCAUCGGACACGGACUGUGGGUACAGCGCUAUCAAGAGAAGAAAUCAUUAUUUGAUGUCCCUGAAUCUGAUGGCACCUCAUUAUCCCCAGUCCCAGCUGCAGUUUACUCAUUUUUGACAAUGAUAAUAGUUUUGCAGGUUUUGAUCCCUAUUUCCUUGUAUGUUUCUAUUGAAAUUGUUAAAGUGUGCCAAGUGUACUUCAUCAACCAGGACAUAGAACUAUACGACGAGGAAACAGACUCGCAACUGCAGUGCCGAGCUCUGAACAUCACGGAAGACCUAGGGCAGAUACAGUAUAUCUUCUCAGAUAAAACGGGCACUUUAACUGAGAAUAAGAUGGUUUUCCGAAGAUGCACUGUGUCUGGCAUAGAGUAUUCUCAUGAUGCAAAUGCCCAGCGUCUGGCCAGAUACCAGGAGGCAGACUCAGAGGAGGAGGAGGUGGUCCCCAGGGGGGGCUCGCUGCCCCUGCGAGGGGGCGCCGGGGGCCUCCAGAGCCAGAGCAGCAGGGUGCACCGGCGCACGGGCAGCCGCGCGGAGGCCCGGCGCGUCAGCAUGCUGACCGAGCUCACGGCCUUCAGCAGCCCCAUGGAGAAGGACAUAACACCCGACCCGAAGCUGCUGGAGAAGGUGCACGAGUGCGGCAGGUGCCUGGCCUCUGCGAGGCACCAGGAGCACCCGCUGGACCACCUCUCGCCCGAGCUGUCUGACGUUUUCGACUUCUUCAUUGCACUCACCAUCUGCAACACAGUGGUGGUCACGUCCCCGGAUCAGCCACGACAAAAGGUGAGGGUGCGCUUUGAGCUCAAGUCCCCGGUGAAGACCAUCGAAGAUUUCCUCCGGAGGUUCACACCCAGUCGCCUGACUUUGGGCGGCAGCAGCGUCGGGAGCACGAGCGCAAGCGUGGCCACCAAGUCCGCGCCAAAGGCCGGCCUCCUGUCCACGCUGGCCAACGACGGCGCGCUGCUCAGGCUGGAGGAGAGGCUGGGCGCCGGGGCCCCACACCUCGCCAGCAACGGCUACAGCAGCGCGGCGGACGGCUGGACUGCAGAGCGCUCUGCAACGGGGCCGGAGCCCAGGCCGGAGCUGCGCUAUGAGGCCGAGAGUCCAGACGAGGCAGCGCUCGUGCACGCCGCCCGCGCCUACAGCUGCGCCCUCGUGGGCCGGCUGCACGACCAGGUGUCGGUGGAGCUGCCGCACCUGGGCAGGCUCACCUUCGAGCUCCUGCACACGCUGGGCUUCGACUCCAUCCGCAAGAGGAUGUCGGUGGUGAUCAGGCACCCCCUCACGGAAGAGAUCAACGUGUACACCAAGGGCGCCGACUCGGUGGUCAUGGACCUCCUGCUGCCCUGCUCCACAGAUGACGCCAGAGGAAGGCAUCAAAUGAAGAUCCGCAGUGAGACCCAGAAUUACCUCAACUUGUAUGCAGUGGAGGGCCUGCGCACCUUGUGCAUUGCCAAGAGGGUUUUGAGUAAGGAAGAGUAUGCCUGUUGGCUGCAGAGCCACUUGGAAGCAGAAUCCGCCCUGGACAACCGGGAGGAGCUCCUCUUUCAGUCUGCCAUUCGCCUGGAGACGAAUCUGCAUUUGUUGGGUGCCACAGGGAUUGAAGACCGCCUGCAGGAUGGAGUCCCCGAAACCAUUGCUAAACUGCGUCAAGCAGGUCUGCAGAUUUGGGUUCUCACCGGCGACAAACAGGAAACGGCCAUUAACAUUGCUCAUGCCUGCAAACUUCUGGACCAUGAUGAGGAAGUCAUCACCCUGAAUGCUGAAUCCCAGGAGGCGUGCGAGGCCCUGCUGGACCAGUGUCUGCGCUACGUGCAGUCCUGCAGCCCCCAGAGGACCGCUGGCAGCCUCAGCGUGGGCUUCGCCCCGCUCUCUCCACCCUCCGAAGCCACCGCCUCUGGCCCCAGCCUCGUGAUUGAUGGGAGAAGUCUGGCCUACGCCCUCCAGAAGAACCUGGAGGACAAAUUCCUCUUCCUCGCUAAGCAGUGCCGGUCUGUCCUUUGCUGUCGCUCAACCCCCCUGCAGAAGAGCAUGGUGGUGAAACUGGUCAGGAGCAAGCUCAAGGCCAUGACCCUGGCCAUAGGAGACGGAGCCAAUGACGUCAGCAUGAUCCAGGUGGCAGAUGUGGGCGUGGGAAUCUCAGGCCAGGAGGGCAUGCAGGCAGUGAUGGCCAGCGACUUCGCGGUGCCGAAGUUCCGAUACCUCGAGAGACUCUUGAUUGUUCACGGACAUUGGUGCUAUUCCCGGCUUGCCAACAUGGUGCUGUACUUCUUCUACAAAAACACAGCAGUGAUGGCCAGCGACUUCGCGGUGCCGAAGUUCCGAUACCUCGAGAGACUCUUGAUUGUUCACGGACAUUGGUGCUAUUCCCGGCUUGCCAACAUGGUGCUGUACUUCUUCUACAAAAACACAAUUCAGUCUUUCCAGCCAGACUGCGAGCCUCUCGGCCGCCUGGGACAGGAGUCCGCAGGCAGCUCUCGGGCCCCUGGGAUGGGAGCCUGCGGGGCGGCCCUUGGGCCCCUGGGACGGGAGUCACGGGCGUCCGCGGGGCGGUUCUCGGGCCACCUGGGACGGGCGUCUGCAGGGCGGCCCUCGGGCCCCUGGGACGGGAGCCACGGGCGUCCGCGGGCGUCUCUCUGGCCCCUGGGACGGGAGUCACGGGCGUCCGCGGGGCGGUUCUCGGCCACCUGGGACAGGCGUCUGCGGGGCGGCUCUCUGGCCCCUGGGACGGGAAUCACGGGAGUCCGCGGGGCAGUUCUCGGCCACCUGGGACGGGCAUCUGCGGGGCGGCUCUCUGGCCCGUGGGACGGACCUCCGUGGGGAGGCUCUCUGGCCCCUGGGACGGGCGUCUGCGGGGCGGCUUUCUGGCCCCUGGGACGGGAAUCACGGGAGUCCGCGGAGCAGUUCUCGGCCACCUGGGACGGGCGUCUGCGGGGCAGCUCUCUGGCCCGUGGGACGGACGUCCGUGGGGAGGCUCUCUGGCCCCUGGAACGGGAGCCCGCGGCCGGCUCUCUGGCCCCCGGGACGGGAAUCACGGGAGUCCGCGGGGCAGUUCUCGGCCACCUGGGACGGGCAUCUGCGGGGCGGCUCUCUGGCCCGUGGGACGGACCUCCGUGGGGAGGCUCUCUGGCCCCUGGGACGGGCGUCUGCGGGGCGGCUUUCUGGCCCCUGGGACGGGAAUCACGGGAGUCCGCGGAGCAGUUCUCGGCCACCUGGGACGGGCGUCUGCGGGGCAGCUCUCUGGCCCGUGGGACGGACGUCCGUGGGGAGGCUCUCUGGCCCCUGGAACGGGAGCCCGCGGCCGGCUCUCUGGCCCCCGGGACGGGAAUCACGGGAGAAUACCGGCCUCGCACGUUCUGGCUGAACAUGGCCGAUGCUGCCUUCCAGAGCCUCGUGUGCUUUUUCAUUCCCUACCUGGCCUACUACGACUCUGACACAGACAUCUUCACCUGGGGCACCCCCAUCACUGCCAUCGCCCUGUUCACCUUCCUCCUGCACCUGGGCAUCGAGACCAAGACCUGGACCUGGCUCAACUGGACGGCUUGUGGCUUCAGUGUCGUGUUAUUUUUCACCGUGGCUUUGAUUUACAACGCUUCCUGCGCGACGUGCUACCCUCCCUCCAACCCCUACUGGACCAUGCAGGCGUUGAUGGGCGACCCCGUGUUUUACUGCAUUUGUCUGCUCGCGCCCGUGGCUGCUCUGCUGCCCAGGUUGUUUUUCAAAGCCCUGCAGGGGACCCUUUUCCCUACCCCGCUGCAGCUGGGACGCCAGUUAGCCAAGCGGUCCCCCGGGAAAUUCAGGGCUCCCGGAGAGACCUCUGCUCAGGGGCACAUCCCGGGAGAAGCAAGGACGGAGCCACCGGGACAGAGGAGCAUCAGUGCCGCACAGUCCGUCUCCCAGGACUGCAGCUCACGGGUGUCCCGGGGCGCGCGGCAGCCGGCCUGCUCCCCCGAGGCUGGCGGGGAGCCCAGCGCGGUGGACGUGGGCGUGCUGCGGAGGGAGGGCGCCCUGCCGGACAGGUUGGGCAGCCAGCCCUCCCGGUCCUCCUCGCCAGGGCCGGUGGCCGUGGAGGGCUGUCCGGGAGGCUCCAGGAUGAAACCUGUGAGCGCCAGCCGGCCAGCCCCCUGGCCAUCCGUCUUCAGCGUGCCCGGCCUCAGCUCCCUCAACUGGAUGUCCUCGCUGUCCCUGGUCGGCGGGCUAGGCAGCGUCCUACAGUUCUCCCGGAGCGGUCUGCCCAUGGACAAGCGCGACGGCGACUUCCUGCCCGGCUCCGCGCUGCCGGACCGGGACCUGUGUGGCUUGAGCGGGCAGACCACAGACUGCUUCUAG